AGCAGCAAGUAUGCAAAAGAAAUAAGAAAUUAUAAAUCCUUUUUAUUCCAUGAGGAAUUACUGGGAUAAAACCAGCUAAUUUCAACCACAGGGCGUGGUGGAUGGCCCGCGGUUGAAGUAGGCUCGCGACGAGUUUUUUCAAAUUCAAGGGUUGAGCCCGGGUAGAUCGAGCGGUAGCUUGCCCUCCACCUUCUCCUGCCUUUUUCCAAUUUGUGCAAUCUCAUCAUUGCUGUCAAGAAUUGUGUUAUCCGAAGGUUAACGUUGAAGGAUGAAUUUCCUGCUGCGGCAAAGCCCAAGCGCCGCAGCAUCAGCAUCGGCAUCAGCAUCAGCAUCAGCAUCAGCAUCAGCAUCAAUGGCUGAUCAACUUCCACCCGUAUCGCCAUGGUUGAAAAAAACUCCUUCACAAGGGGUGACGACCUUAGAAGGAUUGGUUGCGGUAAACAAAUCGCAAUCAACGGAUAAUUUAUAUGUUACUGAAAGUAAUCGUGAUUCCUAUGUUGAUGGUUAUUUGAAUUCUCCUGCAACUAUAAAGGACUUUGGCCCCCUUGAAGAUAAGCACGUUGACGUUAAGGAGGACCAAGGGUGGAUUACCAUUCCUUUCAAGGAUCUUCCUCAUAAUUGGGGUGCUGCGCCAGAUAUACAUUGGUUUCACUCUUUGGACCGUUCUUUUGUUUUUCCUGGGGAACAGCUUCAUAUUGUAGCAUGUUUGUCUGCCUCCCAACAAGAUACUGAAAUCAUCACUCCAUUCAAAGUCGCUGCUGUCAUGAAUAAAAAUGGCAUCACACAAGUUGUGAAGGACCAAACUAUAAAUGUUGUAGAACAAGAACCAAAUCGUCAAGCUCGGCCAGUUGAGUAUAACGUUGAUGCAGAUGUAAAACGUGUAAAUAAGCAUCACGUUGAUGUAUCUGCGAGUGAGUCUUACCUAAGAAUGGAGGAUCAUAGAAGACAAACUCAGACAUUGCUACAGAGAUUCAAAGAAUCCCACUUUUUUGUCCGAAUUGCGGAAUCAGGAGACAGUCUAUGGUCGGACAAAAGCACAGAAGGAGCUCCUGAGAUGGUAGAUGAGACUAAUAGUAUGGAGAACAGUAAAACUGCUGGGUCCACAAACUUAAGUGCAGUAAUUGAUAGUGGAAGUUUUGAUGCCCGUGCUUCUGGUGGCGUGGCCAGAAAUUCUGUUAAGUGUUGUUCUCUUGCUAAUGGAGACAUAGUGGUUCUUUUACAAGUGAAUGUUGGUGUUGAUUCUUUGAGAGAUCCUAUACUUGAGAUUCUUCAGUUUGAGAAACAUCAUGAUAGAACUAUGACUUUAGAAAGUGAUGUAUCAGUAAAGGAAAGACAUAGUCCGUGUGCAGAAUUGUUAAAAUGGCUUCUUCCUUUAGAUAAUUCGCAACUUCCUGUAAACCGACCUUUGUCCCCACCUUUACUUAAUGCAUCUCAUAAAACGAGCUUUUCAACUUCAAGUGGUUCACAACUAUUUUCUUUUGGCCACUUUAGAAGUUAUUCUAUGUCAUCACUACCGCAAAAUAACACACCUGUUGCUUCACCAUCUGUUUCUGUGUCAUCUCCAAAGCCUAACUUUGAUUUAGAAGAUUGGGAUCAUUUUGGAUCGCAAAAAUCCUUGAAAUGUCCAAAAAAUGGAAGUCAAGGUUUGCUGUCUUUUCGUGGAGUUCCAUUGGAGCCUGAAAGAUUUUCUGUUUGUUGUGGACUUGAGGGAAUCUACAUUCCAGGACGAAGGUGGAGAAAGCAGCUUGAAAUCAUUCAACCUGUUGAUAUUCACUCAUUUGCUGCUGAUUGCAAUACAGAUGAUCUGCUUUGUGUUCAGAUAAAGAAUAUCUGUCCAACGCAUGCACCAGAUAUUGUUGUAUACAUAGAUGCUAUUACUAUUAUCUUGGAAGAGGCAUCAAAAGCAGGUCCACCUUUGUCUAUUCCAGUUGCAUGUAUUGAAGCUGGAACGGGGCAUAGUCUGCCAAAUUUGGCCUUGAGGAGAGGUGAAGAACACUCUUUUAUUCUCAAGCCAGAUAUUCCAGUCUUAAAAAAAUCAAAGAUAUCUGAUGUCAGAACUAUGAAGGUGCACUCAAAAGCUGGAAGCAAAGCAACAAGUAUAGGGCUUCCUCCUGUAACUAUUGAAGGAACAAAAGAUAUUUCUGCUUCCCAUAAGUAUGCUAUACUGAUAUCAUGUCGCUGUAACUACUCUGAAUCAAGACUUUUUUUUAAGAAGCCCACUGAUUGGCGACCACGUAUCUCAAGGGACUUUAUGAUAUCAGUUGCUUCUGAAAUAUCAAAUGAAACUCUGGAUUUUACUGGAAAAGUCUCUCAGCUGCCAGUUCAGGUGUUGACUCUUCAGGCGUCAAACCUUACAUCUGAAGAUCUUACCUUGACCAUACUUGCUCCAGCAUCAUUUACACCUCCUCCCUCAGUACUGUCACUGAAUUCUACGCCAUCAUCACCAAUGAGCCCAUUUAAUGGAUAUGCUAUUACAGAAAGAUUAAGUGCAGUAGCUCAAUUGGCUGAGUCCCGAAGUGGUGCCCAGCCUUUUUUUUCUGAUUCGCAGGCUGCUCCAGUUCCGAUUACUGCUUCGAGCUGUACUCACUUGUGGUUGCAUAGCAGUAUUCCUUUAGGGUGUGUACCUUCUCAAUCCACUGCCAAAAUCAAGCUUGAGUUGCUCCCAUUGACAGAUGGCAUAAUUACUCUUGAUACUUUGCAGAUUUAUGUUAAGGAGAAAGGUUUAACUUAUAUCCCUGAGCAUGCGCUAAAGAUCAACGCAACUUCUAGCAUAGCGGCUGGAAUCAUCUAAGCUACAUACUUGUCUUAUACACGCAUUCUUUGUAUCUCUUAUGUUCUGCUUAAUGAAGUAAUUGAAGCUAAAGGAAGGGUGUUUCUCUUCAGUUGUGCUUCAAUGGCUUUUGUCUUUCCAUCAAUGUAGGACAUAUUUUUUCUUCUCAAAAGUGAGACAUAUUUACUUGUCAAAGUUAUCUAUUAGGCUGUUAAAUCAUGAACACGAUUGAGAGACAUGGAAUCUAGUAGUACCUUUGCUUUUGAGUUGUUACUAUAAGCAAUACCAUUGACAGUUUGAGAUGGAUCCUGGAUGUAAAAGUUGGUCAAUGUGAAUUUAUGAUUUUUGAGU